UCUGGAUUAUUAACACAGGCCCAUUAGUAAUCAGAUUGACAUCCAACUACAACCUCCAGUUAUCCCCUCCACCACAACUUUCAGGAAAAAAGAGAAAAUCCACCUCUGCCAGAAGAGGAUGAAGCAAGGACUUCUACCAUGGAGGAGUCCUUGCCAACACUCUAUCUCCCUUCCCUCCAUCCCUUUCCCAAACCUCGUGACCAAACGCCCCCUACUAUCUAUUUCCGCCAGCACCUCGCAGCUCCCGGCCAGGGAGAGAAGGCGGCUCAGGAACGAGAGGAGGGAGAGUAAAACCACCACCAACUGGAGAGAACAAGUGGAGGAAAGGCUCAUGAAGAAGCCCAAGAAGAGGUACUCCUCUUGGACCGAGGAGCUCAACCUCGAUAACCUCGCUCAACUGGGUCCCCAAUGGUGGGUGAUUCGGGUCGCCCGGAUCAGGGCCGAGGAGACGGCUGAACUCCUCGCUCGUUCACUGGCUAGGAACUUUCCCGACGUUGAUUUCAAGGUCUACGCUCCAGCUGUCCAUGUGAAGAGAAAAUUGAAGAACGGUUCCCUUUCAGUUAAACCAAAGGCCCUAUUUCCUGGGUGUGUUUUUCUAAGAUGUGUAUUGAACAAAGAGCUACAUGACUUCAUACUAGAAUUUGAUGGAGUGGGAGGUUUUGUUGGUUCCAAAGUUGGAAAUACGAAAAGACAGAUCAACAAACCAAGGCCAGUCCUUUCUGUUGACAUGGAAGUGAUCUUUAGACAGGCAAAAGAGGAACAAGAAAAAGCUGACCGAGCUUUUGAGGAAAGCCAGCAAGAAGGAAGCCUCAAUUCAGGGAUGCUCAGUCUUGACUCUCAUUUAGAUCCCAAUGACAACACAAAAUCUGUUUUGGAUUCCAAGCCCAAAAGGAGAUCCAGAAAGGCUUCUGAUCCUCUCGCAAACGGUUCAUCUACAACAAAGGAUUAUAAGCUCCUUGUCCCAGGUUCAACUGUUCGAGUUGUAUCUGGGACUUUUGCAGAAUUUAUUGGCAGCCUUAAAAAGUUGAAUCGCAAAGCUGGAAAGGCUACUGUGGGAUUCAUGCUAUUUGGGAAGGAAAGCUUAGUAGAUCUUGAUGUUAAUGACAUUGUUGCAGAGGCUAACUGAUGUAAAUAAUGUCACUCCUUUUGAUCAUCAAUUUAGGGGAAUGCAGAGGUUGUUAUGUUGCCUUAGUAUUUCGGCUCUAUGCUCAAGCCAGACAUUGAGCAAGGAUGCAGAUCCCAGGCCUGCUAGGCUACUACAGUAAUAGAUCCUAGACGUUGCAGCUGAGGAAAUCAUCAAGAAUCAUUUGGAAGGUGCAAAAUGUUUCAUUAUUCUAGUAUGGAAUGAAAAAAGACCUCAACACUGUGCAGAGGUCUCAGGAUCAAGUAUCCUAGCAGUGGGAGAUCUAGCAUCGCAAGUAACUGGAAAUAAUUGGUCCUUUUUAUCUUUUCUCACUUGCCCAUUGUUUCAGCAUUUGAAAGCUUGUACCUUCAGAUGAACAACUUUUUGUUCUAGUUAUUUUUUUAUAUAAGCUUGAAAUAAGUGUUUCCUGCA